AUGUCACCCUCGGCGACCGAGACCCCCGAUGGGACAGUCCUAACCCUCCGCAAGGUCCUUACCUCUGAAUCCGAGCCCCUCGCUCGCCGCUUCCGCGCCCUCUUCUCCCUCAAGCACCUCGCGUGCCUGCAGCCCCCAACUGAGCAGACCCUCCCGGCAAUUGAGGCGAUCGCCGCUGGUUUCGCAUCGCAAUCGGCUUUACUCAAACACGAGCUUGCGUACUGUCUCGGCCAGACCCGCAACCAUGACUCUGUCUCGUACCUGCAGCAGGUCGUGAAGGAUGUCGAGGAGGAUGCGAUGUGCCGUCACGAGGCCGCGGAGGCUCUCGGUGCACUUGGUUAUAAUGACAGCUUGGAUAUUUUGAAGAAGCUGCGUGAUGACGAGAACGAGUUGGAAAUUGUUCGCGAGACUUGCGAUAUUGCGGUCGAUCGUAUUAUUUGGGAGAACUCCGAGGCCAGGAAGGCUGAGAAGUUGAAGCCCAGUGACUUCACCUCUAUUGAUCCCGCUCCUCCCAUGCCGCUGGAUGCCCGCGAGCCCUGCAUUCCCGACCUGGAGAAGACACUACUCGACACCAAACUCCCUCUCUUCCAAAGAUACCGUGCCAUGUUCGGCCUGCGCGACCUCGCUUCGCCGCCCGACCUCCCCACAGCAGUUGACGCCGUGAACGCUCUGGCCAAGGGUCUCAAGGACCCCUCUGCUCUGUUUCGCCACGAAGUCGCCUUCGUCUUCGGGCAGCUCUGCCACCCCGCCUCUAUUCCCUGCCUUACAGAAUGCCUCGGCGACCUGAAGGAGCAGGGUAUGGUGCGACACGAGGCUGCUGAGGCUCUUGGCAGUUUGGGCGACGAGGAGGGCGUCGAGGAGACCCUGAAGAGCUUCCUCAACGACCCGGAGCAGGUGGUGCGCGAUAGUGUGAUUGUGGCUCUUGACAUGGCUGAAUUCGAAAAGAGCGGCCAGGUUGAGUAUGCGCUGGUGCCGGAUGGAAAUGGCCCUGCAGUUGCCGCAGCAUGA